UCCACCUGGCCACGCCCCGGUGGCCCCGGUCCGGCUCCCCACAAGCUCCGAGGUGCCAAGUGAGAAAGGUCCGCGUCAUCCCAGCGGUCCGCGGACCCCCACCCAGUCCCGGCGCCCGCGCCCAUGGCCCAGCCUGGACCCCGCGCCUUGCGGGCUGCGCUCUGCGGCGGCUGCUGCUGCCUCUUGCUGUGUGCGCAGCUCUCCGUGGCUGGUAAAGGCGCUCCUGGCUUUGGGCGGGGAGCCCUGAUCCGCCUCAACGUCUGGCCUGCUGUCCAAGGGGGCUGCCGGCAGCUAGAGUUCUGUGAGCGCUGUGUGGCAGGGGCAGGGGCGCACAACCUCUCUGGCUGCGUGUGGAGGCAGUGCGGCCCCGAGGAGCCAGGACUCUGUGUGGCCCAAGCUGAGUCAGGCCGGGAAGGUUGCUCAGUCUACAACCGCUCAGAGUCGUGUCCCGCUGCCCACCACCACCCCACCUAUGAACCGGAGACCGUGACAACAGGCCCAGAUGGUCACAAAGCAGAGCAGAAGCAAGAGCCCCGCCCUUCGGGUCCCCUGCCCCUCGGGGCCCGGAGGUCAGCAGACCUGGCCUGCACAGCUGAAGAGGCUCGUGGUUAAUUAAAGCCGGAACCUGAUCUCCGAGGCUGAAUUAUUGAUGGCUCAGCCCUGGGCGGCUCCUGUCUUCCCACCCGUGCUCCCCUCCCACCACGGCCUGCUCUGGGGGCUCCCUGAGCUGCGGCGGGGACCAUGCUUUGCCCUUCACGUUGCCAGACCCCCUUACACCACCCACACCCUCUGGGUGGCGUGCCCCGAUCACGGCUGGCGCGCUGUCCCUGGACCCGGGAUGAUCUGCCACCCGCCAGCCUGUCCUGCUCCAACCUGGCCCAGGGCCUGAAAUCGAAUCCCUGCUGGGAGCCAGUGGGUAACGUGGCACAGCUGGGAGCCACCCAGGCCUCACCUGGCAACCGUGGCCACACGGCUGCGCCCUCUAAGGGGCAGGGGAGGUGUGGCAGUCCACCUGCCCUGACUGUGGGGUCACUCUGGCUGAGUCUGGCCCUCAGAGGCUGGUUCGGCCCUCUGUCUGCACUUGGCGGCUCAGGGCUGGGAGGCCACCAAAGGGAUGCAUCAUCUGCAUCUGGGCUCAGGAGGCCCGAGGCUGGGCGGGCUUGGGCUGCCUGAGUCCUGGGGCCGCUGUCACGCUGCGUGGCUAGUGAGGGCCCAGGACGUUGGUAGGGAGCUUGGUGGCUCUCUGGCCCCACCUGCUCAUCAAGAGGCCUGAGAGGGCACAUGAGGUGUGUGCAGCCCAGGGCACUCAGGAGUUUAACCAGGACUGGAUAGGCGCCACCUCCACCCCCCAGCCCCCACCAACUCCUACCCCCGGGCUGAGAGCCCGGUCUUCCAGACCCUCAGUGUGGGGCUGGGCCUGGGAGCCUGCUCUGACCUCCGCGGG